CAGCUCCCCCCUCUCGCUUCGCGCUCGCCCCCAGAGUCCCCUCCCUUCCCUGUUGCUUUUGUCUGGAGGGCGUUCUGGGUUUGUGUGUGUAUGAGCGUGUGUGUUUUUGGAUUUCAGACUAAUUUUCUGGAGUUUCUGCCCCUGCUCUGCGUCAGCCCUCACGUCACUUCGCCAGCAGUAGCAGAGGCGGCGACGGCGGCGGCGGCGGCGGCUCUCGGAAUUGGGUUGGAGCAGGAGCCUCGCUCGCUCCUUCGCUCACGCUCUCCGCGCUCAUUCCCGGCGGCCGCGGGAAAGCCUGGAUCUAGGCGCCGCCGGCGGCCGUGAGGCGCCGGAGCCCGGGUGAGCAGUGCCGACAGUGCCUUCCGUCGCCUCGGCUCUCGCCGUCCUCCCCUGGGCGGCCGCAGCUGCUCCCCAGCCCAGAGGUGUGUUUCGGAACCCCGCUCGCGCCAAGGGAAGAGCCUGCGCCCGCAACCAGUCCUGGGAGUACCGCGGGCCGGUGCCCCGCACAGCCCAGCCAUGCAGCGGCGACCACGGUGGAGCUCGGAGCGGCGGUAGCGCCCCCUGGGAAGCGGCCUGCGAUGCCCCUGCCACUGUGAACGGUGCCGCCCGCGCCGACACUCUUGAAGCCCUGCUACACUCGGCCUUGGCCACGCUCAACUCAGCGCACCCGCAUCACGCAUCCAAGAGUCCGGGAGAGCGAACGGCGAGCGCGGGAGAAGGCCUCCCCGCACCGGCGCGGGGAAGCCUACCGGCGCAGUUUGGGAACACACACUUGGGCUGCCACUGGUGGCUGGGGAUGUCGUCCUGGACGAGGUGGCAUGGACCCGCCAUGGCGCGGCUCUGGGGCUUCUGCUGGCUGGCGGUGGGCUUCUGGAGGGCCGCUGUAGCCUGUCCCACGUCUUGCAAAUGUAGUGCCUCUCGGAUCUGGUGCAGCGACCCUUCUCCCGGCAUCGUGGCGUUUCCCAGGUUGGAGCCUGCCAGUGCAGAUCCUGAGAACAUUACCGAAAUCUUCAUUGCAAAUCAGAAAAGGUUAGAAAUCAUCAAUGAGGAUGAUGUUGAGGCUUACGUGGGACUGAAAAAUCUGACUAUUGUGGAUUCCGGUUUAAAAUUUGUGGCUUACAAGGCGUUUCUGAAAAACAGCAACCUGCAGCAUAUAAAUUUUACCCGAAAUAAGCUGACAAGUUUAUCUAGAAAACAUUUCCGUCACCUUGACUUAGCUGAGCUGAUCCUGGUGGGCAAUCCGUUUACGUGCUCCUGUGACAUUGUGUGGAUCAAGACUCUCCAAGAGGCCAAAUCCAGUCCAGACACUCAGGAUUUGUACUGCCUGAAUGAAAGCAGCAAGAAUAUUCCCCUGGCAAACCUGCAGAUACCCAAUUGUGGUUUGCCGUCUGCCAGUUUGGCUGCAUCCAAUCUCACUGUGGAGGAAGGGAAGUCUAUCACAUUGUCUUGCAGCGUGACAGGCGAUCCAGUUCCUAAUUUGUACUGGGAUGUCGGUAAUCUGGUUUCCAAACACAUGAAUGAAACAAGCCACACACAGGGCUCUUUAAGGAUCACUAACAUUUCAUCUGAUGACAGUGGAAAGCAAAUCUCUUGUGUAGCAGAAAACCUUGUAGGAGAAGAUCAAGAUUCUGUCAACCUCACUGUGCACUUUGCACCAACUAUCACAUUUCUCGAAUCUCCAACCUCAGACCACCACUGGUGCAUUCCAUUCACUGUGAAAGGCAAUCCCAAACCAGCGCUGCAGUGGUUCUAUAACGGGGCAAUCUUGAAUGAGUCCAAAUACAUCUGCACUAAAAUACAUGUUACCAAUCAUACGGAGUACCACGGAUGCCUCCAGCUGGACAACCCUACCCACAUGAACAAUGGGGACUACACUCUGAUAGCCAAGAAUGAAUAUGGGAAGGAUGAGAGACAGAUUUCUGCUCACUUCAUGGGCUGGCCUGGAACUGAGGAAGAUGCAAACCUGAUGUAUCCUGAUGUAAUUUACACAGAUUAUGGGACUGCAGCCAAUGAUAUUGGGGACACCACAAACAGAAGUAGUGAAAUCCCUCCCACAGGCAUUAUUGAUGACACAGGUCGAGAACAUCUUUCGGUCUAUGCUGUGGUGGUAAUUGCAUCUGUGGUAGGAUUUUGUCUGGUGGUAAUGCUGUUUCUGCUUAAGUUGGCAAGACACUCCAAGUUUGGCAUGAAAGGCCCAGCUUCUGUUAUCAGCAAUGAUGAUGACUCUGCCAGCCCACUACAUCACAUCUCCAACGGGAGUAACACUCCUUCCUCUUCAGAGGGCGGCCCCGAUGCCGUCAUUAUUGGAAUGACCAAGAUCCCUGUCAUUGAAAAUCCCCAGUACUUUGGCAUCACCAACAGUCAGCUUAAGCCAGACACAUUUGUUCAGCACAUCAAGCGGCAUAACAUUGUUCUGAAAAGGGAGCUAGGAGAAGGAGCCUUUGGAAAAGUUUUCCUAGCUGAAUGUUAUAACCUCUGUCCUGAGCAGGACAAGAUCUUGGUGGCAGUAAAGACACUGAAGGACGCCAGCGACAACGCACGCAAGGACUUUCACCGAGAGGCCGAGCUGCUGACCAACCUCCAGCACGAACAUAUCGUCAAGUUCUAUGGCGUCUGUGUGGAGGGCGACCCGCUCAUCAUGGUCUUCGAGUACAUGAAGCACGGGGAUCUCAACAAGUUCCUCAGGGCACAUGGGCCGGACGCCGUGCUGAUGGCCGAGGGCACACCGCCCACGGAGCUGACACAGUCGCAGAUGUUGCACAUAGCGCAGCAGAUCGCCGCUGGCAUGGUCUACCUGGCGUCCCAGCACUUUGUGCACCGCGACCUGGCCACCCGCAACUGCCUGGUCGGGGAGAACCUGCUAGUGAAAAUUGGGGAUUUCGGGAUGUCCCGAGACGUGUACAGCACCGACUACUACAGGGUGAGUAGGCCUUCGGGAAAUAGUUUUUGCAUCUGGAAGUGCCAGGUCGGUGGCCACACAAUGCUGCCCAUCCGCUGGAUGCCUCCAGAGAGCAUCAUGUACAGAAAAUUCACCACAGAGAGUGACGUGUGGAGCCUGGGGGUCGUGUUGUGGGAGAUCUUCACCUAUGGCAAACAGCCCUGGUACCAGCUGUCAAAUAAUGAGGUGAUAGAAUGCAUCACUCAGGGCCGAGUUCUGCAGCGACCUCGCACCUGCCCCCAGGAGGUGUAUGAGCUGAUGCUGGGGUGCUGGCAACGAGAGCCCCAUAUGAGAAAGAGCAUCAAGGGCAUCCACACCCUCCUCCAGAACUUGGCCAAGGCAUCUCCAGUUUACCUGGAUAUACUAGGCUAGAGCCCUUUCCCACCCAAGACCGACCCUUCCCGACACACUCCUCAGAUGGGCCGAAAGGAUGAACAUCUUUCAACUGCCGCUGGUUGCCAUCCAAUUGCUGUCCUUCAUGCUGACAGUACUUGCAACAAAGACCCGAGAAGCUUUCAGAGGGAAGCAAUGUGGACUUCUCCAUCCAUAAACACAGUAUUGACUUUUUAUUGUUCUCUCUCUCUCCACCUCCCUUUGUUUGCUCCUUUCUCUUUUCUUUUUUUAUUCCCCACUCUCAUUCUCCUGAUCUUCCCCGCUUCACAGUUCAUCCCCUUUCUUUUUAAUCAAUCUGGCUUCUGCAUUACUAUUAACUCUGCAUAGACAAAGGCCUUAACAAACCCAAUUUGUUAUAUCAGCAGACACUCCAGUUUGCCCACCACAACUAACAAUGCCUUGUUGUAUUCCUGCCUUUGAUGUGGAUGAAAAAAGGGAAAACUAAUAUUUGACUUAAACUUUGUUUCUUCUGCCGUAUAGACAUUGAGAGUUUCUAUGGAUUCACUUCUAUUUAUUUAUUUAUUUAUUUAUUAUUACUGUUCUUAUUGUUUUUGGAUGACUUAAUGCUUGAGUAUGAAAAGAGAGACUGGUGUUUGAUCUGGGGAAGCCUUUUUCUACAGGAGAUGUAAAAGCAGAGUGAAAGGGGAUUUGUGACCAACUGCAGUGUGGGAGGAACAAAGACAACCUUUGGGAUCAGCUGGCAUCAGUCCCUACUUAGAAAAAUCCAGGCCCCCGUUCUCUGGGAGAAAUGUAUCCGGCACCAUCCCUUGAGGACCUCUCUGAGGAGUCAAAGACAGUUGA